AUUUUUUUUUCUGUGUGUCAAUCUUCAAUUAUUAGAUCCUUUCUUAUCUAAAUUAACACUACCAUUUAGUUCAAUGCCUAUAGUAUGCUCUUCUAUGCAGAAAAUUUUAAACUAGUUUCUAUAAUCUAAUUUUUGAAAUCAAUAGUCUGCGAACAUGAAUUCUGAUCUUCUAAACGAGACUGCACAUACAAGUUAUGAACAAUGGACAUGGUGGUGGAAGGGCAGCAACAAAAAAGAUGAGCUUGCUCGAUCAAUUCUCACUGUUUCAGGGGUGAUUUUAGCGAUCUUCUGGUACCUAUGGACAUCUGUGAAGUCAAGAAAAGGAGUGGCUCCAUUGCCACCAGGGCCUCGUGGCUUGCCAGUUGUUGGGUACCUCCCAUUUCUAGGCACCAACCUGCACGUCACAUUUGCAGAAUUGGCUCAUCGUUAUGGUCCAAUCUACAAGCUCUGGCUCGGAAAAAAACUCUGUAUAGUUCUGAGCUCACCCUCCCUUGCAAAAGAGGUGGUUCGCGACCAGGACAUAAGUUUUGCUAAUCGUGAUGCGACCAUUGCAGCAUUGGUUUCCUCAUUUGGGGGGCUUGAUAUCGCAUGGAGCCCACAUGGCUCCUACUGGCGCAGUAUGCGCAAAGCGUUUGUGCGAGAGAUGCUGAGUAAGACCAAUCUUGAGGCUUGUUACAAUCUUCGAAAAGAAGAGGUUAGGAAGACAAUUAGAGAUGUGUAUGCCAAGAUUGGCAAGCCUUUGGAUAUUGGAAAAAUAAUUUUUUCGACAGAAUCAAAUGUUGUGAUGAGCAUGUUGUGGGGUGGCACACUAGAAGGGGAGAAGAAUAGUAGUGUUCAAGAUGAGUUUCAGGAGGUGAUCGAAAAACUCAUUGGACUAGCGGAAAAACCAAACAUAUCUGACUUUUUUCCGAUGCUGGCAAAGUAUGAUAUACAGGGUGUGGAGCGACAAGCAAAGAGGCUCGUAGCAUGGGUGGAACGAAUACUAGAUGCUGUCAUAGCUGAACGGAUGAGAUUGGACAGUUGCGAGGGAGCAGGUGUGUCCGAGGACAAAGAAAGGAAGGAUUUUCUUCACAUUCUUUUGGCACUGAAGGAGAAGGAAGAUACUGCAAGUCCACUCACCUUGACACAAAUCAAGGCCAUAUUGAUGGACAUUGUGGCUGGUGGGACUGACACAACAGCAACCAUGGCUGAGUGGGUGAUGGCAGAGCUCAUGUACAAUCCAGGAGUAAUGAAAAAUGUCCAAGAAGAAUUAGCAGAAGUUGUUGGAAUGAACAAUGCUGAAGAGUCCCAUCUGCCCAAAUUACAGUAUUUGGAUGCAGUUGUGAAGGAAACAUUCCGGUUACACCCUCCACUCCCUCUCUUACUCCCAAAGUCUCCGAGUAAAUCUUGCACAGUAGGUGGCUACACCAUACCAAAGAACACUAAGGUCUUUCUUAAUGUUUGGGCAUUGCAUAGGGACCCUCAGGUUUGGGAUGAUCCAUCUGAGUUCAAGCCUGAGAGGUUCUUGAGUGAACCGGGCAAAUGGGAUUACAAUGGCAACAAUCUUCAGUAUCUUCCAUUUGGAUCUGGAAGGAGGAUGUGUGCGGGCUUACCUCUAGCAGAGAGAAUGCUUAUGUACAUAUUGGCUUCGCUCUUGCACUCAUUCGAGUGGCAAAUGCCAAAGGGCGAAGUGCUUGAUCUCUCAGAGAAAUUUGGGAUUGUUAUGAAGAAAACAACUUCACUGAUUGCUAUUCCCACCCAAAGGUUAGCUAGCUUGGAGCUGUAUGCAUGAUACAAAGUACUUCAGAAAAGAAAAAGAGGCUACAAUGACAAUAGUGUGGACAGAUUCCUCACUUGGUGUCAAAUAAGGUGCUUCUUACAGCUGUUAGUUGUGAACUCUAUAAAUUUUCCUUCCAUAGCUAAUUCCAAUUUAGAAAUAUUGCUUAGUUUGCAUUUUAUGAAUGAAAAUAAGUGAUGCAUCAGUUUGGAUUUCAGCACAAGUUGUAUGAACGUUUAGUGUACCCCUUGCUGAAAUUCUUAAUGGAACAUACUGUAUCAAAUUAUUUUCAUGGAGCACAUCUUGUAUACA